AUGCCGCUCUGCUGUGCCGCCGAUAGCCCCUCUUCCGAGCCGGCGCGUGGCGGCGAGCCGCGGCCAGUAUCGCUGGCCUACGCUGCGCCGCCCAAGCCCUACUGCCGAUCCAGCGCCUGGCGUUUGGGGCGAGCCGCGGUCGUCGUCGCUGAUGGUGGCGCGUACUGGCGCGUACACCUUACGCCCUUUCUCCUCAACGGCUAUCCGUGCUUGCUGUGCCCCUGCGUGGUGUGUUUCAAGUUCUUACAACCCAAGGUGAUAGAGGGCAAAAAGAUCGAUUGCGCUCUUGCCGAUCCGCACCUACCUAGGCUCUUGGGUGGCGCGCCCCAGCUCUUCACAACGAAGCUGGUGUGGAUCGCUAUGAUGCGCAAGGUCGCACAGCCCGAGUCCUUCCUCCCGGAGGGAAUGCCUGUCUCGGUCGAGGAGCACGUGUACGUCGACCGGCUUGCCAAGCAGAUCCGCUUCGUGCCGCUGCGCCCCGACGGAACCGAGUCUGAGUCCGAGGAGGCGCCUGCGAGCCUCGAGUACUUUUCCCGCAACCGCCGGACCGGCGAGCGACUCGAGUCCGUUUCGGCCGCGGCGCUGCAUGCCGACUUUGAGAUGUCGCGGACCAUCCAGCUGGCGAGGGAGCUCGAGGCUGCCGACGCGGAGGAGGAGGAGGCCGACCUGGCUGGCGGCGCCUGGAGCUGA